AUUGCCUUUUGUCUCCGGUUCUGGGACCUUUAUCUUCUGACCCACAGGCUUGACUUUGCCCUUAUCUUCUCCUUUGUGGUGAAGAACAGUCUUCCCCAGGCUCCCCUUUGCCACAGCUGUAUCUUCUCUGCACCCAGGCUACGAAGAUGGAAGGGGAAGGGGUUCAAUCCCUGGAUGAGAAUUUGGAAAAUGGAUCAAGGCCAAGAUUCAAGUGGAAGAAGACACUAAGGCUGGUGGUCUCUGGGAUCAAGGGAGCAGGGCUACUCAUGUGCUUCAUCUACGUCUGCCUGCAGCUCUCUUCAUCUCCGGCAAAGAAACCUCCAAUCCAAAGACUCAAAGUACCAGUUACCGGAUGUGAGAAUGGGAGACUAUUUAUCAGCUUAUACAACAAUGAGCAUCAAAUCAUGGAGGUACAGAACAAUUCUGUCUUCAUCAACUGCGAUGGGCUUUAUGCUGUCAGCCUGAAGGGCUUCUUUUUCCAGGAGGUCAAGAUUGACCUUCAUUACCGGAACGGUAAAAGUCCCAUCUCUAUGCCAAUGUUGAACAAUGGUCGAAGGGUUGUCUUCACUGUGGUGGUCUCUUUGGCUUUCAAAGAUAAAGUUUACCUGACUGUAAAUGCUCCUGAUACUCCCUGCGAACACCUCCAGAUAAAUGAUGGGGAACUGAUUGUUGUCCAGCUAACACCAGGAUACUGUGCUCCUGAAGGAUCUUAUCACAGCACUGUGAACCAAGUAUCAUUGUGAAUUCCACUCUGAGGGUGGAUGGGACGCAGGUUCUUUCUUGCAAGAGAUGAGUCCAUCCUGCUCAACUUCAUGAGAUAUGACCUAAUGUAGAUCUUACGCUACUUCCUCACUCAGGGAUAUUUAAAUCGUGUCUUACAUUAACAGUUGACCUCUCAUUCCCAGGAUUGCCUUGAGCCUGCUAAGAGCUCCUCAGGGCAUGAAAAAAAAAUGUCUCUUCAAGAUACAUUGUUUCUGUUGGUCAGAAGAUCAUUGUAAUAAACAUGUGUCACUGAAAAUGGCGCUUGAUUACUAUAUUCUAGAAUUUUGAUGUCGUCAAAACAAAGAGCAAAAAAAUGGGCUAUGAGUCUGGGAAGGGUGGUGUCCACCAACCAGUAGGAGCUUUAUCCAAGGUUAAGGUGAUCAAAGUUUACAUGUCUAAAACUUUUUCUCAUCUCAUGGAGCUCAGAAAGAUCACCCUGUGGAGACCAGGACAUGAAGAUGACUGUUUAAGCAAUGAGGUGCACUCUGAGCUUCUCUCAUUAUCUCUCUUCUUUCCUGGCCUCCAAAUAUACAUAAUAGAAAACUUCCUUCAAAGAGCUAUCUAGGGACUACGAUACCACCGAAGUACCACAUCAGUGAUGUAAAGAAAACCAGUAUAGCUUUGUUUAUAAUACAGAGUAUAUGAGAGAUUUUACCCUGAGGGUUAUUUUUAUUAUACAGGAUAAUAGUGAACUGGAUGUCUCAGGAUAAAGGCCAAGAAGGAUUUUCAUAGUCUCAGCAAGACUGGUUUGUAAGUUCUCUCUUCCAAAACUUUUAGGUAAAUUUUUGAUAAUUUUUAAAUUUUUAGUAUUUUUUGACCAUUUUCAAUAGAAGAUACAACACAUCUCAGAAUCUUUCCAGAUGAUUUCAUAUCCCCAUAAG